AUGGGAAGAGGAAUGGGAGGAAUAAGGGCCAUUGGAGCUUCUAGGGGAGCUUUAUCCAGAGGAGGUCGCAGUGGACCGGCUCAGGCUAGAGGGGCGCCUUCCACUGGUUCGGCUGUGACUCCUCAAAUUACUUGUGGAUACUGUGGUAAAUCUAACCACUCUGAGAGUGACUGCUGGAGGAAGUUAGGGAAAUGCCUCUAUUGCGGGAGUACUGAUCACCAACUCGCAAGUUGUCCAAAGACACCAAAGUUGAGAGGUAACCCUCAGAGAUCAGAAAAGUCAACCUUUAAACAGACCAGUGCCGGAGGAAGUCAACCGAAAGUACCGGUUAGAGUUUAUGCACUGGAUUAUCAACAAAUCCCUGAAGCGAUUGAAGUGGUUGAAGGUACAAUUCCGAUCUUUAAUCAUUUAGCUAGAGUUUUCAUUGAUCCGGGUGCAACACAUUCUUUUAUAAAUCCUAAUUUUAUGAGUGGGAUAGAUUUGAAGCUAAUUAAGUUACCGUAUGAUUUGGAGAUUAAAACACCCACUGGAGAUCAAAGUUUAAUUGCUAACCUGGUGUAUAGAGACUGUGAAGUCUGUGUUGGGGAGCGAAAAUUAUUAGCCGACCUGAUAAGUUUAGCAAUUAAGGGAUAUGAUGUGAUUUUAGGAAUGGAUUGGCUAGCCCGUUAUAAUGUCCAGUUAAAUUGCCGAACAAAGAUUGUAGAAUUAUGCAUUCCAGGGGAGGCAACUCUAAAGUUGGAUGUAAGGGGUAAAUUGGCUUCGUCUGCACUUAUCUCAGGGAUUCGAGCUAGAAAAUUUUUAAGCAAAGGAGCUCAAGGGAGGCGGUAG